AUGCCAACCCAGCCGAGCAGCACGCUCCCUACUACUGGUUCGACUCCUGAAAUGCCCUCAUCAUCUUCACCCGCGACUGCCAGUACCACCCCAGGACCAAGCACAACCCCAGGGCCAAGUUCUACUGGAAGCGACGCAUCACCGAAUAGCCAGUCACCCACCAGCCCAAUCUCCUCGGGAACAGGAGCCACCAACUCACCUGGCCCCUCGACAAGCGUCAGCUCGAACUCGGCGGGCACCAGUGUGACGCUGCAAAGUGGUGCAACGGACUCAACCGGUGCAACCGGCGGCUCUGAUUCGACAGUCAGUCCCGUAUCAGGGAGUACUAACGCCCCGUUUACUGGAUCAACCGCCACAGGUGCAACCGGCGGGCCUGGUUCCACAAUGAACCCCGCAACCGGAAGUAGCCCUAGCAGAAUUCAGGCUCGCCGACCAGCCCAGGAAGCAGCGCGAGCCCAGCCACAGGCUCAAGCGUUUCAGAUGCAACUGGAAGCUCUGGUUCGACCACGAUCCAAUCUUCAGGGAGCACUAAUCCCAGCCCAGCUUCAGGCGCGACAGAUGCAACUGGCGGUACCGGCUCUACCACAAAUCCGGGGUCCGGAAGCAGCGCGAGUCCAGCUACAGGCGCAAGCGGAAGUUCCGAGUCAUCACCAGGCCCAGUCUCCGGAGGCAGUACUAUCUCGGGCACGGGCUCUACAGGAUCUGGCGCUACCGACAGUUCCGCUUCCACUGCAAGCCACGCCUCGGGAGGGAGUACUAUCUCAGGCACGGGUCCUACAGGAUCAGGCGCAACUGAGAGUUCCGCUUCCGGCUCAGCCGCAACUGGCAGUUCCGCUUCCACGGCAAGCUCAAUCUCAGGAGGGAGCACUGUCCCAGGCACCGGUUCAACCUGGACAGGUGCAAGUGACAGCUCUGGCUCACCUUCGAGUCCAGUCUCAGGUGGUAGCACGAUGCCAGACACGGGUUCAACCUCGACAGGCGCCAGCGACAGUUCCGGCACUUCAUCGAGUGGAAUCUCCGCAGGUAGCACGAACCUGGGCACAGGUUCAACCUCGACAGGUUCAAGCGCGAGCUCUGGGGCCACCUCAAGUUCAAUCCCAGCAGGAAGCAGUAGCCAAACCCCUGGUUCUGCUGCCACUGCAGGUGCCGGAUCGUCGUUUGGCUCCUCUAUGCCGACCGCUACUCCCGGCCCCUCGAACCCUACUAAUGCUCCAUCCACUCAAAUUUCUUCCC